AUGGAACCUACUAAUAACAAACGUAUUCAUGGAGCUAAAAAAAAUGAAAGCAAUGCUGUGUGUUCGAAAAAGACUAAGGUUAUGCAAAAAUUGGACAAAAAUGAUGUAAUAUCACAUAUGUCUAGUACAAAUGAUACAAAUAUUGAUCUAUGUGUUCCUCAAAAACAGUUUCAUUACCCAAAAAAUGACGGUAACUAUGGGUUUAGAGCAUUAGCCAUGGCAAUUUUUGGGGAUGAAGAACAAGUUUUAUCUUAUACGGAUUUGGGAAUUGCUUCACAAAAAUACUGGUUUUAUUCUCCAGAAUGUGUGCAAUUAACAUCUGACACAUUCGAUGCACCAGUCAUAGUAUUGGCUGCUGAAAGCUAUUCCUUCAUGCUACUUAACUAA